GACCGUCGGAGGUGGUGGUCUUCCUCCCCCUCCUUACCUCUACCUCACCUCUCAUCACCUGAGGAUGGCCUAGGGCCGAAAAUUUGUGCACACUUCUCUUCGUCGUCUUCUCCUCAUCAUCGUCGACUACAGCAUCGUCUUCAACAUCAUCUGGAGUGCCGAGCUAAUGGCGUCGUCGGACCUCGCCAGUGUCCCUCCGGUAGAAAUCGACCCAAACGGAAGAUUCAAGUAUGUUCUAGCCAAAGUGUACACGUCUCCAGACGCUGGCGACAAUGAGUUCAAGUACUUUGUGCGCGGCUUUCAGUGGGGUGCCUUUCACGCGGACAUUUUUGAAAAGUUUGAGGCGCAGAUCGCGGCGCUGGGUCUGAGUGCCGAGUGUGUGGGAGGUGGUCGGAUCAUGCACCACGCCGACGCCAAGAAGCUGGAGGUGUUUGGCUACUCGCAGGGCUACGGUCGCGCCGACCACUCCAUCACCGCUGGCCUUCUGAAGGACAAGUACCCAGACUAUGAGAUUACCACAUCGGAUGAAGGGUACUAGGUCCGGCUCCGGUAAUCGGAAAUGGUGGCUCCUGCUAGCCGCAGUGAUAACUUCAGUUCGGCUUGGUGAUAACGGUUUUUGAGCGACUUGUUGCCGCCUAAUUGUGUGGUAACCCCCCCCCCCCUCCCCCCAACAUGCAAACUGCUAUGUGUUGACAAUUUGUCGAUCUGGAUUGUUGGUCUUUGUCGUAUUGCUUUGAGCAAUAAAGACUGUAUCCACUUGUGCGCAGUUA